AUGGACCGACCUGGGACAAGUAAGUCUUGUGGUACAUCGUGGACAGUGGGUGAUCCAGAUUUUGAUGACCGAGUACGGAGGUUGUUAGAGGAAGAUGAAGACAAUCCGGACGAUCCAGAUGAAGUGGAUGAUGUUGGCUCCGUGGUCGAUGACUCAGACGCCGACCCUGACUACGUGAUGUGUCAAAGUGAGGCAGACGAAUCGAGUAGUUCGGACGAAGAUGCAAUGCUAGUGGACGACGUGGACGUGGGUGAGUCAAGUGUCAUAAUAAAUGCUGUUGCUCCAGAUGUUCCGCUUCCUAAAUAUUUCCUUGAAAGGAUGAGGAAAAAGGAACAGGGCCCUCCAAAUGGUUGGACCAGCAAACAUCCUCCCCGAAAUGUAAGGACUCCCGCCAGAAAUAUUCUUAGAGGAGGAUUGCCUGGGAUCACAGGGCCUGCACGAGCGUUAGGAGAGGCGUCCAAUAAAACAGAGGUAUGGCAACUGUUUUUUGAUGCUGAGAUUAUUUCUAAAAUCGUUACCAAUACCAACAUAAAGUUAUUAUCAGUUCGAGACAAAAUCCCCCCUGGGCAAAGUAAAGCCAAUUUUAGAAACACUAACAAUGAAGAGGUGACUGCUCUAAUUGGAUUACUACUACUGUCUUCAAUUCUAAAAUCAAAUGACGAAACUAUGGAAUCAAUGUUUACGAGAGACGAGUUUAGUCGACCAAUCUUUCGAGCUACCAUGUCCCUAAAUCGCUACAAAGCUCUUGUGGGUUCUUUGCGGUUUGACGAUGCUCAAACCAGAGAGCAAAGAAAAACAAUCGAUAAAGCGGCAGCCAUUUCAGAGAUUUUUUAUAAAAUCAUUAGCAAUAGUCAGGCUGUGUAUCGCCCUUCAGCAUAUGUUACAAUUGACGAAAUGCUAAUUCCUUUUCGAGGUCGAUGCAGUUUUCGGAUGUACAUGCCAAAAAAACCAAAAAAGUACGGUAUCAAGGUAAUGUGCUUAGCCGAUGCCAAAACCUCCUACCUGUGCAAUGCAUAUAUUUACACAGGAAAAGGAAGUGAUGGAGUUGGAUUGACAGAAGCAGAAAAGAAUCUUAGUAUUCCAACUCAGUCAGUGGUUCGUUUGUGUAAAGUAAUCGAGGGAACGAACAGAAAUGUGACAGCAGACAAUUGGUUUUCUUCUGUGGAGGGUGUAGACGAACUUCGCAAAAGGAAGCUUACAUACGUCGGUACACUGAAAAAGAAUAAACUCUGCAUACCAGUUGAGUUCCUUCCAAAUAAUGAUCGUCCUGUCAUAUCUACCCUGUAUGGUUUCAGGAAUGAAUUAACACUUCUAUCUUUUGUACCGAAAAAGAACAGAGCAGUUUGUCUGUUGUCGAGCAUGCAUCACACAAUCGACACUAAUGAAGAGAAAAAUAAACCGGAGAUAAUCUGCUUCUACAACAGCACUAAAGCCGGUGUCGACCUCAUCGACAUGAAAUGUGCCGUAUACUCUUCAAGUAGAAAAACCAGAAGAUGGCCACUAGCUGUUUUUUACAGACUCAUAAACAUUGCCAGUGUAAAUUCCUUCAUUGUGUACAUGUCUUACACCCGAAAAACAAAUGUAACACGCUUUGGUUUUAUAAAGAGCCUUGCAAAAGAGUUGAUCGUCCCUCAUCUUCAAAAGAGGCUCACUGAAGUGGCUAAUCUUCCAAGGGAAUUGAAACAGGAAAUCCAGAAGAUACUAGGAAAUGAUGCUGCUCCCCAGAUAGAAGGUGUUCCUGACGAUCGUCUGGAGAAACGCAAAACUUGCCAGAAGUGUCCCGCUGGAAGUGACCGCAAAACACAACACAAGUGUAUCAAGUGCAACCUCGCCAUAUGCGGACAAUGUCAAAGAAGAGUGUGUACAGGGUGUGCUGAAGAAUGUGUGUAG